GGAACCGGCGCCCUCCCGGGCCCCGGGAGAGCGCGGUGCGGGCGGCCAUGGCCGGCUACGUGCCGGGUCAGCAGCCGGCCAACCGCAGCCAGGAGAAGGAGUUUGUGCAGGCGUACGAGGAUGUGCUGGAGCGCUACAAAGAUGAACGGGACCGGGUUCAGAAGAAAACGUUCACCAAGUGGGUCAACAAGCACCUGAUGAAGGUCCGCAAGCACAUCAAUGAUCUUUAUGAAGAUCUGCGGGAUGGCCAUAACCUGAUCUCUCUGCUGGAGGUCCUCUCGGGCAUCAAAUUGCCCCGAGAGAAGGGCAGGAUGCGUUUUCAUAGGUUGCAGAAUGUCCAGAUUGCCCUGGACUUCCUAAAGCAGCGACAGGUGAAACUAGUGAAUAUUCGCAAUGAUGACAUCACAGAUGGCAACCCCAAGCUGACCCUUGGCCUGAUCUGGACCAUUAUUUUGCACUUCCAGAUCUCUGACAUCUACAUUAGUGGGGAAUCAGGGGACAUGUCAGCCAAGGAGAAACUACUUCUGUGGACCCAGAAGGUGACAGCUGGUUACACAGGAAUCAAAUGCACCAACUUUUCCUCCUGCUGGAGUGAUGGGAAGAUGUUCAAUGCACUUAUUCACCGAUACAGACCCGAUCUGGUAGAUAUGGAGAGGGUGCAAAUCCAAAGUAACCGAGAGAAUCUGGAACAGGCUUUCGAAGUAGCAGAAAGACUGGGGGUCACCCGGUUGCUGGAUGCAGAAGAUGUGGAUGUGCCAUCUCCAGAUGAAAAGUCUGUAAUCACUUAUGUGUCUUCAAUCUAUGAUGCCUUCCCUAAAGUCCCUGAGGGUGGAGAAGGGAUCAGUGCAACGGAAGUGGACGCCAGGUGGCAAGAAUACCAAAGCCGGGUGGACUCCCUCAUUCCUUGGAUCAAACAGCACACAAUACUGAUGUCAGAUAAAUCCUUUCCCCAGAACCCUGUUGAACUAAAGGCACUUUAUAACCAAUAUAUACACUUCAAAGAAACAGAAAUUCUGGCCAAGGAGAGAGAAAAAGGAAGAAUUGAGGAACUGUAUAAAUUAUUAGAGGUGUGGAUUGAAUUUGGCCGAAUUAAACUGCCUCAAGGUUAUCACCCAAAUGAUGUGGAAGAAGAGUGGGGAAAGCUCAUCAUUGAGAUGCUGGAGCGAGAGAAAUCACUUCGGCCAGCUGUAGAGAGGCUGGAAUUGCUGCUGCAGAUUGCAAACAAAAUCCAGAACGGUGCUUUGAACUGUGAAGAAAAACUAACACUAGCUAAGAAUACACUGCAGGCUGAUGCUGCUCACCUGGAAUCAGGACAACCUGUACAGUGCGAGUCAGAUGUUAUCAUGUACAUUCAGGAGUGUGAAGGUCUCAUUAGGCAGCUGCAGGUGGAUCUCCAGAUCCUACGGGAUGAGAAUUACUACCAACUAGAAGAGCUGGCUUUUAGGGUCAUGCGUCUGCAGGAUGAGCUGGUCACCUUGCGUCUAGAGUGUACAAACCUGUACCGGAAGGGCCACUUCACUUCACUUGAAUUGGUUCCACCGUCUACUUUAACCACUACUCAUCUGAAAGCAGAACCCCUGACCAAGGCAACCCAUUCUUCUUCUACCUCCUGGUUCCGAAAGCCCAUGACACGGGCUGAACUUGUGUCCAUCUCCUCUUCUGAAGACGAAGGCAAUCUCCGAUUUGUAUAUGAACUGCUGUCUUGGGUGGAAGAGAUGCAGAUGAAACUAGAGCGAGCAGAGUGGGGCAAUGAUCUUCCUAGUGUGGAGUUGCAGCUGGAAACACAGCAGCACAUCCACACCAGUGUAGAAGAACUGGGUGCAAGUGUCAAAGAGGCCAGGUUGUAUGAGGGAAAGAUGUCCCAAAAUUUCCAUACCAGUUAUGUUGAAACUCUUGGAAAGCUGGAGACACAGUAUUGUAAAUUGAAGGAAACUUCUAGCUUCCGGAUGCGGCACCUUCAGAGCCUGCAUAAGUUUGUCUUCAGAGCUACAGCUGAGUUGAUCUGGUUGAAUGAGAAGGAGGAGGAGGAACUAGCAUAUGACUGGAGUGACAACAAUCCCAAUAUCUCAGCCAAGAGAAAUUACUUCUCUGAGUUGACAAUGGAACUGGAGGGGAAACAGGAUGUAUUUCGGUCUCUGCAAGACACAGCAGAACUGCUGUCACUUGAGAACCACCCAGCCAAGCAGACUGUGGAGGCUUACAGUGCUGCCGUCCAGUCCCAGUUGCAGUGGAUGAAGCAGCUGUGCUUGUGUGUUGAGCAGCACGUGAAAGAAAAUACUGCUUACUUUCAGUUCUUCAGUGAUGCACGAGACCUGGAGUCAUUCUUGAGGAACCUCCAAGACUCCAUCAAACGAAAAUAUUCCUGUGACCACAACACCAGCUUAUCCCGCCUUGAGGACCUGCUCCAGGACUCCAUGGAUGAAAAGGAGCAGCUUAUACAGUCCAAGAGUUCCGUUGCUAGUCUUGUUGGGAGGUCAAAAACCAUCAUUCAGUUAAAACCACGUAGUCCUGACCAUGUGCUAAAGAGCACCAUUUCUGUUAAGGCCAUCUGUGACUAUCGGCAGAUCGAGAUCACUAUUUGCAAGAAUGAUGAGUGUGUGCUGGAAGAUAAUUCCCAUCGGACCAAGUGGAAAGUGAUCAGUCCCACAGGGAAUGAGGCAAUGGUGCCAUCAGUCUGCUUCCUCAUCCCCCCACCUAAUAAGGAUGCCAUUGAGAUGGCCAGCAGGGUGGAGCAAUCUUAUCAGAAGGUGAUGGCCCUUUGGCACCAGCUACACAUUAACACCAAAAGCCUUAUCUCCUGGAACUAUCUGCGGAAGGACCUUGACCUUGUACAGACCUGGAACCUGGAAAAGCUUCGAUCCUUUGCACCAGGGGAGUGCCACCAGGUUAUGAAGAACCUCCAGGCCCACUAUGAAGACUUUCUGCAGGAUAGUCGUGACUCUGUGCUCUUCUCAGUGGCUGAUCGCUUGCGCUUGGAAGAGGAGGUAGAAGCUUGUAAAGCCCACUUCCAGCACCUGAUGACGUCCAUGGAAAAUGAGGACAAAGAGGAGACUGUGGCCAAGAUGUACAUUUCAGAGCUGAAGAAUAUCCGGCUACGCCUGGAGGAGUGUGAACAGAGGGUGGUCAAACGCAUUCAAUCCCUUGGCAGCUCUAGGACUGACAAAGAUGCCCGGCAGGACAAUGCAUUAAAGAUUGCAGAGCAAGAGCGUACCCAGGAGGAUUUGCAGCAACUGAGGUCAGACUUGGAUGCUGUUUCCGUGAAAUGCAACAGCUUUCUCCGUCAGUCUCCAUCUGGUUCAAGUGUCCCAACUCUGCGCUCAGAACUGAAUCUGCUAGUGGAGAAGAUGGAUCAUGUCUAUGGUCUCUCCACUGUCUAUCUGAAUAAAUUAAAGACAAUCGAUGUUAUAGUGCGUAGUAUACAAGAUGCUGAACUCUUGGUCAAAGGUUAUGAAAUCAAGCUGAGUCAAGAAGAAGCAGUACCAGCAGAUCUCUCAGCUCUGGAGUCCCAUCGGUCUACGUUACGGCACUGGCUUAGUGAUGUGAAGGAGAAGAAUUCAGUGUUUUCAGUCCUAGACGAGGAAAUUGCCAAGGCUAAGGUUGUGGCAGAGCAGCUGAGUCGUCUGACACCAGAGCGAAAUGUGGAUUUGGAACGCUACCAGGAAAAAGGUUCCCAGCUGCAGGAGCGUUGGCACCGAGUCAUUGCCCAGCUCGAGACUCGCCAAUCUGAGCUAGAAAGUAUCCAGGAAGUUCUGGGAGAUUACCGAGCCUGCCAUGGAACUCUCAUCAAGUGGAUCGAGGAGACCACUGCCCAGCAGGAAAGGAUGAAGCCAGGCCAGGCUGAGGAUAGCAGAGUGCUGUCGGAGCAGCUCAGCCAGCAGACGGAUCUGUUUGCAGAAAUCGAGAGAAAUCAGACAAAAUUGGACCAGUGUCAAAAAUUUUCCCAGCAAUACUCCACUAUUGUGAAGGACUAUGAAUUACAACUGAUGACAUACAAGGCCUUUGUGGAAUCACAGCAGAAGUCCCCUGGCAAGCGCCGUCGCAUGCUUUCCUCUUCCGAUGCCAUUACACAAGAGUUCAUGGACUUAAGGACUCGCUACACAGCAUUGGUGACCCUAACAACUCAGCAUGUGAAAUACAUCAGUGAUGCACUCCGCCGGCUGGAGGAGGAGGAGAAAGUGGUAGAAGAAGAAAAACAGGAACAUGUGGAGAAGGUUAAAGAACUUUUGGGCUGGGUGUCUACCCUAGCAAGGAAUACACAAGGAAAAGCUACCUCAUCCCAGUCCAAAGAAUCAACAGACAUUGAAAAAGCUAUUUUGGAACAGCAAGUUCUGGCAGAAGAGCUGACAACCAAGAAGGAACAAGUCUCUGAAGCCAUUAAAACUUCACAGAUCUUCUUAGCUAAGCAUGGUCAUAAGCUUUCAGAAAAAGAGAAGGAACAGAUAUCUGAGCAAUUGAAUGCCCUGAAUAAGGCUUACCGCAACCUUUGUGAUGGUUCAGCAAACCAGCUUCAGCAGCUUCAGAGCCAGUUGGUUCAGCAGACAGAACAAAAGGGUUACAGAGCAGUUGCUGGGGUGAUUGACCUAGGCACAGUGGAGAUAUUUCCCAUCUUCAGAGCUAUGCAAAAGGGCCUUAUUGACCAAGACACAGGCCUUGCGCUCCUGGAAUCCCAGGUUAUCAUGUCUGGCCUCAUUGCCCCUGAGACCAGUGAAAACCUCUCUUUGGAGGAGGGCCUAGCCAGAAACCUGAUCAAUCCCCAGAUGUACCAGCAACUCCAGGAACUACAGGAUGCCCUGUCCUUAAUAAGCAGACUUACUGACAGCAAAGGCCCUCUUUCUGUGGUGGAAGCAAUUGAAAAGAGAAUAAUCAGUGAGAGAGCUGGACUGAAAAUCUUAGAAGCUCACCUGGCAACUGGAGGUUUCUGUCUUUCCCCUAGUGAGAACUGUAUUAACCUGGAAGAGGCUUUUCAUCAGGGCCUCAUUUCUACAUGGCUUCAUUCGGUAUUAGAGUCUCAUCUGAGAUCAUCCAAGAAUUUGAUAGACCCCAACACAGCUGAAAAAAUCAGUUUGCUGGAUCUGAUGCAAAGAUGUAUUGUCCACCAGGAAUCAGGGUUGAAACUUCUACCCGUCAAGCAAUUGGCAGGAGGAAUGGUGAGCUUGAAAUCAAGCAGGAAGGUUAGCAUUUUCCGUGCAGUUCAGGAAGGACUAAUAGAUAGGCAGGUCACUGUCCGGCUGCUGGAAGCUCAGCUGUUUGCUGGUGGCAUAGUAGAUCCAAGAACAGGACACAGACUAACAGUGGGAGAGGCUGUAAGACACAAUCUGAUUGACCAAGAUAUGGCCUGUGCUAUUCUCAUAAGGCAGCUUCAGACAGGAGGCAUCAUAGAUACUGUCACUGGGCAAAGGCUGACUAUAGAUGAAGCAGUAAACAAUGGUCUUGUAGCUGCUAAGAUUGCUCUGGUGAUUCUGGAGUCUCUCUGGUCAUUCAUGGGGUUGUUAUGGCCUGAAUCUGGAGAGAUCCUCCCAAUUACAGAUGCCCUAGAACAGGGUAUUGUGUCUACUGAACUGGCACAUAAAAUCCUUAGUAACCGACAGCAUAUUAAGGCUCUGUUUAUACCAGCAACCACAGAGAUUUGGUCCUGGAAGAAAGCAAUGGAAAAUGGUAUCUUGGACAAAGAUCUUGCCAAUAACUUAAAAUUGAUUUGUAUACCUGAUGUAAUGCCCCACAUGCAAGUAACAGACUCUUCAAGCAUUAAUCCUGGAACAGCAGCUGUCCUGUGCAGCAAGGGCCAACCUGAGGGUGCAGCAAGCCAUAAUGAGAAGCUAUUAUUUCAACUGAUGACUCACAGCUAUAUUAAUGUGCAGAAUGGACAGAGGGUGCUUCUGUUAGACAAAGAGCUGAUGGAGACACUAACAUGCAGAAAUGAAUCUCCUCCAGAAGUGUUUGGAAUCAGGCACCAAAGACUAGAAACUCCUGAGGAAUUGCAAGAAUCAGCUAAUAUGAAAAUCACAGGAACAUUGAGUGAUGAGCUGACUGUGAAGCCACAUGUGUUCCAGUUUUCUUCUCAGAACAAAGAAUAUCCCGAUCAGGAAGAUUGUGCUGAAGCAAAAGGGGAAAAGACCAUUGUGGAAACAGAACAUUCUCCUGUAGACCCUGUAAAGGAUCUGUUUGUAAGAGAACAAAAAGAGAGAAAUCCAAAUGUUGGCACUUUGGAGGUAAUAAAUAAAGUCAAAUCAGAGUUACAAAGGCAGUUGUUAGGUACCAAAAAGGAAGACCAAACAGAAAUGUCUACCAGAGAAAAUGUCAGCAGAGGACAACUCCAGACAGUACCUCCAGGGGAAGCAGAAGGUGUACCCUUGGUGCCUGACCAAGAUUUUUUUUCUGUUGAGACAUCAAUGAAAGAAUGUGAACCUCUCAGAAAUACUUCCUUUACAUGUCAGAAAGAACAAGCAAACACUCUUGAGACUGAAUAUAUUCCAGGUGAAACUGGAAGACCUCUUAUAAAAUCCCAAAGCAAAAAGUCACAGCUUCAGGCAGAGAAAACUCUAGGUAUAAAAUCAGAACUCAAGCCUAAAAGUGAUAUGAAUAUUCAUUCUCCACACAAAAAGAAAGUGUUAAAUAAAACAUUUUUGGCUAGGGAUGACCAUAAACAAAUUCAAGAAGGAAGAAACAUUGCAGGUGGUAGUACGAUGAUGUUAGGAAAGACUGAUGAGGAAGAUAAUGGUAGUGAGACUUCCCUGUCAUUCAGUCAUCAUUCAGAAUUGCUUGAAGAAGCUACCUUAAAUGCAUUAUCUGCACAGUUGCUAGAUGGUGGUAUCAUUCAUGAACAAACAGGUCAAAAGCUCUUACUAAAUGAAGCAAUUGCUCAAGGCAUCGUGCCAAGCCACACUGCUGUGAAACUUAUGGAAAAGCUGAACAUGUUUCGGGGCUUCUUUGACUCUCAAACCUGUGAGUCUUUGACAACUGAAGAAGUCAUUGAUGAAGGUCUGAUGGAUGAGAAAUUAUUACAUAAUGUCCUCAUGGCAGACAAAGCUAUAAGUGGUGUCUUAGACCCCCGUACCCAUACACUGUGCUCUGUCAAGGAUGCAGUUGAAGUUGGACUUCUUGACAAGGAAACAGCCACCAGAAUUUUACAGGGGCAGGUGGUGACUGGUGGAAUUGUUGACCUGAAACGAGGCAAAAAAGUUUCUGUAACUUUGGCCUCAAAUCUUGGCUUGGUGGACAGUGCUGACCAGAUAGAACUUAUAAAUCUGGAGAAAGCUUCCAAAGGCAGAGAAGCUGAAAAAACAGUUAGGGAGAGAUUAAUUAGUUUACAAAUGGAAACAACAGGACUUACAGACCCUGACAGCAAAGCCCUUCUAACAGUUGUGCAGUCCAUUGACAGAGGUCUUUUGGAGAGAGAGGAGGCCAUUCAUUUGUUGACUAAGCAGGUGGUAGAUGGAGGUAUCAUUCACCAUAUAUCUGGGAUGAGACUUUCUGUUGAUAAUGCCCUUAAACAUGGCUUAAUUGGUGAAGAUUUAGCCAAGCAACUCAAAAAGGUUGAGAACUUAAACCUCCAUCAGUUUUUUCAUCCUGAAACAAGGGAAACUAUUUCCCUUCCUGAAGCCAUAAAAUUAGGUCUUAUUACCCCAGACUUGAAAAGAGAAAUCCAAGAAAUUCAGGCCUUUUCUGGAAACUUUGUGGAUCUCAUUUCUAGCCAGAGAUUGACCUUGGCAGAAGCUAAAAAAGAAGGAUUAUUAACUAAUAAAGCAGUACUGUCUUUAGGAAUGAUGCAUGGGAUUGUAGAUCCCGAGAAUUACAGAAUUGUUCCCUACUCAGAAUUAGUAAAGAAAUGUAAGAUUGAUAUUGAAUCUGGGCAGAGAUACCUAGAAAUAAUUCCCUUCUCAGAUAUUAAAGAUGGGGUGAGUGACAAAGUGCUUACAUUGUCUCAAGCAGUUCAGCUUGGAAAAGUAGACUUUGUACCUACACUGAAGGUUCUGGAAGCUCAGGCAAACACUGGUGGAAUCAUAGAUACCGCUACAGGGAAAAGACUGACAUUGGGAUCCGCUUUGGAACAGAAGUUGGUGGAUGAAAACAUGUUCAGAAUUAUUGCAUCUCAUCAGGUGUUAAGUGGAGGAAUUGUUGACAUAUUUAAUGGUCAGAGAAUGACUGUAAAGGAAGCUAUUGAAAAAGGAUUUAUCAGCUCUGAACUGGCAACUAUGAUCCAAACAGAUACUUCAGAGUUCAGUGAUCAAAGGGCUCAGGUUGAAAAGGAAGAUGGAAUUGAAGUAUGUGAGUUCAAGAAUGAAUUUCUAAGAAAGGAAAUGUUUAUUGCUUGUAAUCAGACUGUUGAAAUGAGUUGUGAUAAAGCAGAAGAUGAGAGAUUAUUUCAAAUUGAAAGUAAGUCUGCACAGGAAAAGAAAGUACGAGUUUCUGAGGGGGAGCGGGCAAAAAAGAGCAGGGAAAUCUCAUUAAAGGAACAGGAGUGCAAGGAUCAAGAUGAGUGGAAAGCAUCUGCAGAUGCUGAAGAAUCUGUCAGCGUCGUAAUUCCUCAUCAUCUUAAAGGUAAAUCCUCGGACCAAGUGUCAGUAACACACCCUCACUCUGAAGUUUGUGAUUUUAAACUCAAAGAGGUGGCUAGAAAUAACAUGGAACAAAAUACAGAUGAAGAGCAGGAAAAAGAAAUAAUCUCUCAUAUGCAGCAGUCUAUCUCACAUUUAGAUUCUGGAGAAAUAAGAGAAAAUCAAGGGAAAAUGGUUUCAGAAGUGCAACACGCAUCGUAUUGUGAAACAUCAGGCAGAUUGCUGAGUGAGCAGGUUAUGCAGCAACCAGUGAAUACUAGGAUGAAAAGUAAGAGUGAAAAGAAGGAGAUGAUUGUAGAAGAAAGUAUCAAAACAUGCAAAUCAGCAGUUCUUUCUAAAGAAAAGUUGAAUCAAAAAACUGCCAUUGGAGAUGAGCAUGACUCCAAUAUAAUGACUCAACCUAUGGAAAUGACUGUAAGUGAAAAAGGGAAAGAAGCUGAUAGGGAAAUGGGAUUAUCUGUAAUUUGUAAAAUUGAAGACUCUUCUUUCCAAAUGAUACCCAAAGGAAUUUCUUUAAAAAAUCAGGAUACUUUAACAUUUUUUAGCUCUAAACAGGCCAGUGAAGGGGAAGUCAAAAAUUUAAGCCUCUGCUUGACUUUAAAACCAGAAGAAAAUUUAUCUCAAGAAAUUACUUAUGGGGCCCAGAGUGAACCUUUCCCUCCCGUGACCCAAAAACCUGAAGGAUUGCACUACCAGGAAUCAGCUGGAAAAGCCCAAGUUACAGACACAUCCCAGAUUUCCAAAACAGACGAAUCUUUCCAAGGAGCCAUCAGACAGGAGACCAACUAUUAUCAAGAUUCCCAUGUUACUUCUAAGACUAAGGAAACCAAAGAUCUGGUUUUCUCAUCUAAUGACUAUAAAGAUGAGUCACACCCAGAAGUACCUUUUGACCCAACAAGAGCUCUUAAUUUGGAAGAAAUUACAGUUUCUAAAGUAGAUCCAAAAGAGGUCAGUUAUCUAGAAUUCUCAGAGAGAAAGCACCUUCAUCAUCAGGACAACAAAAGUGAUCAUGAACUUCCUGGAAUUCUCAAAUCUGAAAUAGCAAUGCAGGAAAUAACUAGAGAGAAAUUUCUAGAAAUGGCAAACCCUGCAGGGGUUAUAGGUUCAGAAGUGGGGUCCGUUGAAGGCAUAGUGACUCAGAGAGGUCCCAGAGUCUUGGUAUCCCUUCCUCCUGAGAAACUAUUGGAAGAUGGGUCUCAAAAAGAGAGUACAGGGCAACAGGAUGCCACCAUUAGUCCCACUAUUCCAGAGACCAGGGAAGAAAAGACAGUGUCCCUAACAUUAUACUCUACAGUGAAGACAGAUGAAAAGACACCACAGGAAAAACUUGGAGAGAGCCCUGGUAGUGAACAAACUCUCUUCAUUACUGCACUUGGGGAAAAGAGAAAUGAAGAUGAAAACCUGGAGCCCCUCAGAGCAACUCAAAAUGUAUUUAACCGUCGACUCUGUUUAGAACAUGAUGAGAAGCUAGUAUCCUAUCUAUCUUUGUUACGGGACAUUGAAAUGAGGACCAGACAGAUUCAGCCUCUGGAACUAAACCUGGCAGAACUGCAGGAUCUGCUGUGUCAGGCCAAGGUAUUAGACAGGGAGCUAAAAGAUCUGUCCGCCUUGAUCAGUCAGGAGUUGGAGUGUGUGGAUCAGAUUAUCGUCAGCCAGCCUCAAGAGGUCCCUGCUCAACUGUUGAAGGCUCUAGAGAAAGAUGCCAAGAAUCUUCAGAAGUCUCUCAGCUCUGUGAGUGACACCUGGAGUUCCAGGUUACUUCACUUCCAGAAUGCUGUGGAAGUAAAAAAGACUAAAGUGUUAAAUCAGCACAUACAGCUAGAAGGCAAACUUCAAGAUCUGAGAGCCUGGGUUGGCAGUACCAAUCUUACUCUGAACAGCAAGGAAUAUAACAGUGAAAUGGAUGCUGACAGCCUGAAUCACUGUCUCCAGCAAUAUGAGGAUUUGAAACAGCCCAUGGCUGAAAGGAAGUCUCAGCUGGAUGCUCUUGCUUUUGAUAUUCAGUUCUUUAUCUCCGAGCAUGCCCAAGAUUUGUCCCCUCAGCAGAAUCGACAGAUGCUAAGGCUUCUGAAUGAGCUGCAGAGGUCCUUCCAGGACCUUUUGGAACAGACUGCAGCUCAGAUGGAUAUCUUGCAGGGCCAUCAUCAACAAAUGGAGCAGGAAGCCCUGGUUAAGACCCUGCAGAAACAACAUAAUACCUGUCAUCAGAAACUAGAGGAUCUUUGCAGCUGGGUAGGACAGGCAGAAAGAGCACUGGUGGACCACCAGGGCAGAGUCACCCAGCUGGAUCUCUCUGCUUUGCAGAAGAAGCAAAGUGACUUAAAGGACUUACAGGACAACAUUCAGAAUCAUGCCACCUCGUUUGCCACUGUUGUUAAAGACAUCGAAGGGUUCCUGGAAGAGAAUCAGACCAAGCUGAGCCCUCAUGAGUUGACAGCUCUUCGGGAAAAACUUCAUCAGGCUAAGGAACAAUAUGAGUCUCUUCAGGAACGGACACGGGUGGCCCAGAAGGAGCUGGAGGAAGCAGUGACCUCAGCCUUACAGCAGGAGACUGAAAAGAGUAAAGCAGCAAAAGAACUGGAAGAGAACAAGAGUAAGAUUGAUGCUCUCUUGGAUUGGGUGACUUCACUGGGAUCAUCUGGAGGACAGCUACAGACAAGCCUUCCAAGAAUGGAGCAGCUCUCAGGAGCUAGCCUGGAGAAAGGAGCCUUGGAUACCACUGAGGAUUACAUGGGGGUGAACCAAGCCCCAGAGAAACUGGACAGGCAGUGUGAGAAGAUGAAGGCCCGUCACCAAGAAUUGCUGUCCCAGCAGCAAAAUUUCAUCUUGGCUACCCAGUCAGCUCAAGCCUUCCUGGAUCAGCAUGGCCACAAUCUCACACCUGAAGAACGACAGAUGCUACAAGAGAAGCUAGGAGAACUAAAGGAGCAAUAUGCCACUUCCCUGGCCCAGUCAGAGGCAGAGCUGAAGCGGGUACAGACACUUCAAGAUGAGUUGCAGAAGUUUCUGCAGGAUCAUAGAGAGUUUGAAAGCUGGCUGGAACGGUCUGAGAAAGAGCUGGAGAACAUGCACAAGGGAGACAGCAGCCCUGAGGCCCUUCCCUCCUUGCUAAAGCGGCAGGGAAGCUUCUCAGAGGAUGUCAUUUCUCACAAAGGAGACUUGAGAUUUGUGACUAUCUCUGGACAGAAAGUCUUGGACACAGAAAACAGUUUUAAGGAAGGCAAAGAACCAUCAACAACUGGAAACUUAGUGAAGGACAAGCUGAAGGAUGCAACAGAAAGAUACACUGCUCUCCAUUCAAAGUGUACACGAUUGGGUUCUCACCUGAACAUGCUGCUAGCCCAGUAUCAGCAGUUCCAAAGCAGCGCUGACAGCCUGCAGGCCUGGAUGCAGACUUGUGAGGCCAGUGUGGAGAAGCUCCUCUCAGAUACUGUUGCCUCUGACCCUGGGGUCCUACAGCAGCAGCUUGCAACAACAAAGCAGUUGCAGGAGGAAUUGGCUGAGCACCAAGUACCUGUAGAAAAGCUCCAAAAAGUAGCUCAUGACCUCAUGGAAAUUGAAGGGGAGCCAGCCCCAGACCACAAGCAUGUUCAGGAAACUACAGAUUCCAUACUCAGCCACUUCCAAAGCCUCUCCUGUAGCCUGGCUGAGCGCUCUGCUCUGCUGCAGAAGGCAAUUGCUCGAUCUCAGAGUGUCCAGGAAAGUCUGGAGAGCCUGCUGCAGUCCAUCAGGGAAGUUGAACAAAACCUGGAAGGGGAGCAGGUGGCAGCACUCUCAUCAGGAGUCAUCCAAGAAGCCCUAGCCACUAAUAUGAAAUUGAAGCAGGACAUUGCUCGGCAAAAGAGCAGCUUGGAGGCCACCCGUGAGAUGGUGACUCGAUUCAUGGAGACAGCAGACAGCACCACAGCAGCAGUGCUGCAGGGCAAACUGGCGGAGGUGAGCCAGCGCUUCCAACGGCUCUGUCAACAGCAGCAAGAAAAGGAGAGCUCCCUAAAGAAGCUUCUGCCCCAGGCAGAGAUGUUUGAACAUCUCUCCGAUAAGCUGCAGCAGUUCAUGGAAAACAAAAGUCGGAUGUUGGCCUCAGGAAAUCAGCCAGAUCAAGAUAUUGCACAUUUCUUCCAACAGAUCCAGGAGCUCAAUUUGGAAAUGGAAGACCAACAGGAGAACCUAGAUACUCUUGAGCACAUGGUCACGGAACUGAGAUCUUGUGGCUUUGUACUAGACCUGUCCCAGCAUCAGGACAGGGUGCAGAACCUCAGAAAGGAUUUCACACAGCUACGGAAGACAGUUAAAGAAAGAGAGAAAGAUGCAUCAUCUUGCCAGGAACAGUUGGAUGGAUUCCGAAAGCUAGUUAGGACUUUCCAGAAAUGGCUGAAAGAAACUGAAGGCGGUAUUCCACCUACAGAGGCUUUCAUGAGUGCUAAAGAGCUGGAAAAGCAGAUUGAACACCUCAAGGGUCUUCUAGAUGACUGGGCAAGUAAGGGAACUCUCGUGGAAGAAAUCAAUUGCAAAGGCACUUCUUUAGAAAAUCUCAUCAUGGAGAUCACAGCACCUGAUUCUCAAGCCAAGAGUGAUCUGACAGAGAUCCAGUGUGACAUGUCAGAUGUAAACUUGAAGUAUGAGAAACUGGGGGCAGUACUUCGGGAGCACCAGGAGAGCCUUCAGUCUGUCCUCAGCAGAAUGGAGGAGGUUCAGAGGGAGGCAAGCUCAGUGCUGCAGUGGCUGGAAUCAAAAGAGGAAGUCCUAAAAUCCAUGGAUGGCUUAUCGUCUCCAACCAAGACCGAAACAGUGAAAGCCCAAGCUGAAUCUAAUAAGGCCUUCCUGGCUGAAUUGGAACAGAAUUCUCCAAAAAUUCAGAAAGUAAAGGAAGCCCUGGCUGGAUUACUGGUGACAUAUCCCAACUCACAAGAAGCAGAAAAUUGGAAGAAAAUGCAAGAAGAGCUCAAUUCCCGAUGGGAAAGGGCCACUGAGGUGACUGUGGCUCGGCAAAGGCAGCUAGAGGAAUCUGCAAGCCAUCUGGCCUGCUUCCAGACUGCAGAAUCCCAGCUCCGGCCCUGGCUGAUGGAGAAAGAACUGAUGAUGGGAGUGCUGGGGCCCUUGUCUAUUGACCCCAACAUGUUGAAUGCACAAAAGCAACAGGUCCAGUUUAUGCUGAAGGAAUUUGAAGCGCGCAGGCAACAGCAUGAGCAAUUGAACGAGGCAGCUCAAGGCAUCCUAACAGGCCCUGGAGAUGUCUCCCCAUCCACAAGCCAAGUACAGAAAGAACUCCAGAGCAUCAAUCAGAAGUGGGUUGAGCUAACUGACAAACUCAAUUCCCGUUCUAGCCAAAUUGACCAAGCUAUUGUCAAAAGCACCCAGUACCAGGAAUUGCUCCAGGAUUUAUCAGAGAAGGUGAAAGCAGUUGGACAGCGGCUGAGUGGCCAGUCGGCCAUCAGCACCCAACCUGAGGCUGUGAAGCAGCAAUUAGAGGAGACGAGUGAGAUUAGAUCUGACUUAGAGCAAUUAGACCAUGAGGUAAAGGAGGCCCAGACACUGUGUGAUGAACUCUCGGUGCUCAUUGGUGAGCAGUACCUCAAGGAUGAGCUGAAGAAGCGUUUGGAGACAGUUGCCCUGCCUCUUCAAGGUUUAGAAGACCUCGCAGCUGAUCGCAUGAACAGACUCCAGGCAGCUCUUGCCAGCACCCAGCAGUUCCAGCAAAUGUUUGAUGAGCUGAGGACCUGGUUGGAUGACAAACAAAGCCAGCAAGUGAAAAACUACCCAAUUUCUGCAAAAUUGGAACGACUGCAGUCUCAGCUACAGGAGAAUGAAGAGUUUCAGAAGAACCUUAAUCAACACAGUGGUUCAUAUGAAGUGAUUGUAGCUGAAGGGGAAUCUCUACUUCUUUCCGUACCUCCUGGAGAAGAGAAAAGGACUUUACAAAACCAGUUGGUUGAACUCAAAAGCCACUGGGAAGAGCUUGGGAAAAAAACUGCAGAUAGACAAUCCAGGCUUAAGGACUGUAUGCAGAAAGCCCAGAAAUAUCAGUGGCAUGUGGAAGACCUUGUGCCAUGGAUAGAAGAUUGUAAGGCCAAGAUAUCUGAGUUGUGCGUCACUCUAGAUCCAGUGCAGCUAGAGUCCAGCCUCCUGAGAUCAAAGGCUAUGCUGAAUGAGGUGGAGAAGCGCCGCUCCCUCCUGGAAAUACUGAAUAGUGCUGCUGACAUUUUGAUCAAUUCUUCAGAAACAGACGAGGAUGAUAUCCGGGAUGAGAAGGCUGGGAUCAACCAGAACAUGGAUGCUAUUACCGAAGAGUUGCAGGCCAAAACAGGGUCACUCGAAGAAAUGACUCAGAGGCUCAAGGAGUUCCAGGAAAGCUUUAAGAAUAUUGAAAAGAAGGUUGAAGGAGCCAAACACCAACUUGAGAUCUUUGAUGCUCUGGGCUCUCAAGCCUGUAGCAACAAGAACCUGGAGAAGCUAAGAGCUCAGCAGGAAGUGCUGCAGGCCCUGGAGCCUCAGGUGGACUAUCUGAGGAACUUCACCCAGGGGCUGGUGGAAGAUGCCCCAGCUGGAUCUGAUGCUUCCCAACUUUUACAUCAAGCUGAGGUCACCCAGCAAGAGUUCCUAGAAGUGAAGCAAAGAGUGAACAAUGGUUGUAUGAUGAUGGAAAACAAGCUGGAGGGGAUUGGCCAGUUUCACUGCCGAGUCCGAGAGAUGUUUUCUCAAUUGGCAGAUCUGGACGAUGAGCUGGAUAGCAUGGGUGCUAUCGGCAGAGACACUGAUAGCCUCCAGUCCCAAAUUGAGGAUGUACGGCUAUUCCUUAACAAAAUCCAUGUCCUCAAGUUAGACAUAGAGGCCUCGGAAGCAGAGUGCCGACAAAUGCUGGAAGAAGAGGGGACUCUGGACUUGUUAGGUCUCAAGAGGGAGCUGGAAGCUCUGAACAAACAGUGUGGCAAGUUGACAGAGAGGGGGAAAGCUCGUCAGGAACAGCUAGAGCUGACGUUGGGCCGUGUAGAGGACUUCUAUAAGAAAUUGAAAAUACUCAAUGACGCCACCACGGCAGCAGAGGAGGCAGAGGCCCUUCAGUGGGUAGUGGGGACCGAAGUGGAUGUCAUCAACCAACAAUUAGCAGAUUUUAAAAUGUUUCAGAAAGAACAAGUGGAUCCUCUUCAGAUGAAAUUGCAGCAGGUGAAUGGACUUGGCCAGGGAUUAAUUCAGAGUGCAGGAAAAAACUGUGAUGUGCAAGGUUUAGAACAUGACAUGGAAGAGAUCAAUGCUCGAUGGAAUACACUGAAUAAAAAGGUUGCACAAAGAAUUGCACAGCUACAGGAGGCUUUGUUGCAUUGUGGGAAGUUUCAAGAUGCCUUGGAGCCGUUGCUCAGCUGGUUGGCAGAUACUGAAGAGCUCAUAGCCAAUCAGAAACCUCCAUCUGCUGAGUAUAAAGUGGUAAAAGCACAGAUCCAAGAACAGAAGUUGCUCCAACGGCUCCUAGAUGACAGAAGGGCCACGGUAGACAUGCUUCAAGCAGAAGGAGGCAGAAUAGCCCAGUCAGCUGAGCUGGCUGAUAGAGAGAAAAUCACUGGACAGUUGGAAAGUCUUGAAAGUAGAUGGACUGAACUACUUAGCAAGGCAGCAGCCAGGCAAAAACAGCUGGAAGACAUCCUGGUUCUGGCCAAACAAUUCCAUGAGACAGCUGAGCCUAUUUCUGACUUCUUAUCUGUCACAGAGAAAAAGCUUGCUAACUCAGAACCUGUUGGCACUCAGACUGCCAAAAUACAGCAGCAGAUCAUUCGGCACAAGGCUCUGGAAGAAGAAAUAGAAAAUCAUGCAACAGAUGUGCACCAGGCAGUCAAAAUUGGGCAGUCCCUCUCCUCCCUGACAUGUCCUACAGAACAGGGUGUGCUGUCAGAAAAGAUAGACUCAUUGCAGACCCGAUACAGUGAGAUUCAAGACCGGUGCUGUCGGAAAGCAGCCCUGCUUGACCAAGCACUGUCUAAUGCUAGACUGUUUGGGGAGGAUGAGGUGGAAGUGCUCAACUGGCUGGCUGAGGUUGAGGACAAGCUCAGUGCAGUGUUUGUAAAGGAUUACAAACAGGAUGUCCUGCAUAAACAGCAUGCUGACCACCUGGCUUUAAAUGAAGAGAUUGUUAAUAGAAAGAAGAAUGUAGAUCAAGCUAUUAAAAACGGUCAGGCUCUUCUAAAACAAACCACAGGUGAAGAAGUGUUACUUAUCCAGGAGAAACUAGAUGGAAUAAAGACUCGCUAUGCAGACAUCACAGUCACUAGCUCCAAGGCCCUCAGAACUUUAGAGCAAGCCCGGCAGCUGGCCACCAAAUUCCAGUCUACCUAUGAGGAACUGACUGGUUGGCUUAGGGAGGUGGAGGAGGAGCUGGCAGCCAGUGGAGGACAGUCUCCCACAGGGGAGCAGAUACCCCAGUUUCAGCAAAGACAGAAGGAAUUAAAGAAGGAGGUCAUGGAGCACAGGCUGGUGUUGGACACAGUGAAUGAGGUGAGCCAUGCUCUCUUAGAGCUGGUGCCUUGGAGAGCCAGAGAAGGGCUGGAUAAACUUGUGUCCGAUGCCAAUGAGCAAUACAAACUGGUCAGUGACACUGUUGGACAAAGGGUGGAUGAAAUUGAUGCUGCUAUUCAGAGAUCACAACAGUAUGAGCAAGCUGCUGAUGCAGAACUAGCUUGGGUUGCUGAAACAAAACGGAAACUGAUGGCCCUGGGUCCAAUUCGCCUGGAACAGGACCAGACCACAGCCCAGCUGCAGGUACAGAAGGCUUUCUCCAUUGACAUCAUUCGACACAAAGAUUCAAUGGAUGAACUCUUCAGUCACCGUGGUGAAAUCUUUGGCACGUGUGGGGAGGAGCAGAAAGCUAUAUUACAGGAAAAGACAGAGUCUCUAAUACAGCAAUAUGAAGCCAUUAGCCUACUCAAUUCAGACCGUUAUGCCCGCCUAGAGCGGGCACAAGUCUUGGUGAACCAGUUUUGGGAAACUUAUGAAGAGCUCAGCCCCUGGAUUGAGGAAACUCGGGCACUAAUAGCACAGUUACCUCCUCCAGCUAUUGAUCAUGAGCAGCUCAGGCAGCAGCAGGAGGAAAUGAGGCAACUAAGGGAAUCUAUUGCUGAACACAAACCGCAUAUUGAUAAGCUACUAAAGAUAGGCCCACAACUAAAGGAGUUAAACCCUGAGGAGGGAGAAAUGGUGGAAGAAAAAUACCAGAAAGCUGAAAACAUGUAUGCUCAAAUAAAGGAGGAGGUGCGCCAGAGAGCCCUGGCUCUGGAUGAGGCUGUGUCCCAGUCCGCGCAGAUUACAGAGUUUCAUGAUAAAAUUGAACCUAUGUUGGAGACUCUGGAGAAUCUUUCCUCUCGCCUCCGUAUGCCACCACUGAUCCCUGCUGAAGUAGACAAGAUCAGAGAGUGCAUCAGUGACAAUAAGAGUGCCACCAUGGAGCUAGAAAAACUGCAGCCGUCCUUUGAGGGUCUGAAGCGCCGUGGAGAAGAGCUCAUUGGGCGAUCUCAGGGAGCAGACAAGGAUCUGGCUGCAAAAGAAAUCCAAGAUAAAUUGGAUCAAAUGGUAUUCUUCUGGGAGGACAUUAAAGCUCGGGCUGAAGAGCGAGAAAUUAAAUUUCUUGAUGUCCUUGAAUUAGCGGAGAAGUUCUGGUAUGAUAUGGCAGCUCUCCUGACCACCAUCAAAGAUACCCAGGAUAUUGUUCAUGACUUGGAAAGCCCAGGCAUUGACCCAUCCAUCAUCAAACAACAGGUUGAAGCCGCAGAGACUAUUAAGGAAGAGACAGAUGGUCUCCAUGAGGAGUUGGAGUUUAUUCGAAUCCUUGGAGCAGAUUUAAUUUUUGCCUGUGGAGAAACUGAGAAGCCCGAAGUGAGGAAGAGCAUUGAUGAGAUGAAUAAUGCUUGGGAGAAUUUAAACAAAACGUGGAAAGAGAGGCUAGAAAAACUUGAAGAUGCCAUGCAAGCUGCUGUGCAGUAUCAGGACACUCUUCAGGCAAUGUUUGACUGGCUAGAUAACACUGUGAUUAAACUCUGCACCAUGCCCCCUGUUGGCACUGACCUCAACACUGUUAAAGAUCAGUUAAAUGAAAUGAAGGAGUUCAAAGUGGAAGUUUACCAACAGCAAAUUGAGAUGGAGAAACUCAAUCACCAGGGUGAACUGAUGCUAAAGAAAGCUACUGAUGAAACAGACAGAGACAUUAUACGAGAACCAUUGACAGAACUGAAACACCUCUGGGAGAACCUGGGUGAGAAAAUUGCCCACAGACAGCAUAAGUUAGAAGGUGCUCUCUUGGCCCUUGGCCAGUUCCAACAUGCCUUAGAAGAACUGAUGAGUUGGUUGACACACACUGAAGAGUUGUUAGAUGCUCAGAGACCAAUAAGUGGAGACCCUAAAGUCAUUGAAGUUGAGCUUGCAAAGCACCAUGUUCUAAAAAAUGAUGUUUUGGCUCAUCAAGCCACAGUGGAAACAGUCAACAAAGCUGGCAAUGAACUUCUUGAAUCUAGUGCUGGAGAUGAUGCCAGCAGCUUAAGGAGCCGUUUGGAAACUAUGAACCAAUGCUGGGAGUCAGUGUUACAGAAAACAGAAGAGAGGGAGCAGCAGCUUCAGUCGACACUGCAGCAGGCCCAGGGUUUCCACAGUGAAAUUGAAGAUUUCCUCUUGGAACUGACUAGAAUGGAGAGCCAGCUUUCUGCAUCUAAGCCCACGGGAGGACUUCCUGAAACUGCUAGGGAACAGCUUGAUACACACAUGGAACUCUAUUCCCAGCUAAAAGCCAAAGAAGAGACUUAUAAUCAGCUGCUUGACAAGGGCAGGCUUAUGCUUCUAAGCCGUGAUGAUUCUGGGUCUGGCUCUAAGACAGAACAGAGUGUUGCACUGUUGGAGCAGAAGUGGCAUGUGGUCAGCAGUAAGAUGGAAGAAAGAAAGUCAAAGCUGGAAGAGGCCCUCAACCUGGCAACAGAAUUCCAGAAUUCCCUACAAGAAUUUAUCAACUGGCUCACUCUGGCAGAACAGAGUUUAAACAUCGCUUCUCCUCCCAGCCUGAUUCUAAACACUGUCCUUUCCCAGAUAGAGGAGCAUAAGGUUUUUGCUAAUGAAGUGAAUGCUCAUCGAGACCAGAUCAUUGAGCUGGAUCAAACUGGAAAUCAGUUAAAGUUCCUUAGCCAAAAACAGGAUGUUGUUCUGAUCAAGAAUUUGUUGGUUAGUGUCCAGUCUCGGUGGGAGAAGGUGGUCCAGCGAUCCAUUGAAAGAGGUCGAUCACUAGAUGAUGCCAGGAAGCGGGCAAAGCAAUUCCAUGAAGCCUGGAAAAAACUGAUUGACUGGCUAGAAGAUGCAGAGAGUCACCUGGAUUCAGAACUGGAGAUAUCCAAUGACCCAGACAAAAUUAAACUUCAGCUCUCUAAGCAUAAGGAGUUUCAGAAAACUCUUGGUGGCAAACAGCCUGUGUAUGAUACCACAAUUAGAACUGGCAGAGCACUGAAAGAAAAGACUUUGCUUCCUGAUGAUACUCAGAAACUUGACAACUUACUGGGAGAAGUCAGAGAUAAAUGGGAUACUGUUUGUGGCAAGUCUGUGGAACGGCAGCACAAGUUGGAGGAAGCCUUGCUGUUUUCAGGCCAGUUCAUGGAUGCUUUGCAGGCCUUGGUCGACUGGUUGUACAAAGUGGAGCCACAGCUGGCCGAGGACCAGCCUGUGCAUGGGGACCUUGACCUUGUCAUGAACCUCAUGGAUGCCCAUAAGGUUUUCCAGAAGGAGCUGGGAAAGCGAACAGGAACUGUUCAGGUCCUGAAGCGGUCAGGCCGAGAACUCAUUGAGAAUAGUCGAGAUGACACCACUUGGGUGAAAGGGCAGCUCCAGGAACUGAGCACUCGCUGGGACACUGUGUGUAAACUCUCCGUUUCCAAGCAAAGCCGGCUUGAGCAGGCCUUAAAACAGGCAGAAGAGUUUCGGGACACAGUUCACAUGCUGUUGGAGUGGCUUUCUGAAGCAGAGCAAACGCUUCGCUUUCGGGGAGCACUUCCUGAUGACACAGAAGCCCUGCAAUCUCUCAUUGACACCCAUAAGGAAUUCAUGAAGAAAGUGGAAGAAAAGCGAGUGGAUGUUAACUCAGCGGUAGCCAUGGGAGAAGUCAUCCUGGCUGUCUGCCACCCAGAUUGCAUCACAACCAUCAAACACUGGAUCACCAUCAUCCGAGCUCGCUUUGAGGAGGUCCUGACAUGGGCUAAGCAGCACCAGCAGCGUCUUGAAACGGCCCUGUCAGAACUGGUGGCCAAUGCCGAACUCCUGGAAGAACUUCUGGCGUGGAUCCAGUGGGCUGAGACUACCCUCAUCCAGCGGGACCAGGAGUCAAUCUCUCAGAACAUCGACCGAGUUAAAGCCCUUAUCGCCGAGCAUCAGAUGUUUAUGGAGGAAAUGACUCGCAAACAGCCUGAUGUGGACCGGGUCACCAAGACAUACAAAAGAAAAAAUAUAGAACCUACCCAUGCACCUUUCAUCGAGAAAUCCCGUAGAGGGAAGUCCUUGAGUCAGCCCACGCCUCCUCCCAUGCCAAUCCUUUCACAGUCUGAAGCAAAAAACCCACGAAUCAACCAGCUCUCUGCCCGCUGGCAGCAGGUGUGGCUGUUAGCACUGGAGCGGCAGCGGAGGCUGAAUGAUGCCUUGGAUAGACUGGAGGAGUUGAAGGAAUUUGCCAACUUUGACUUUGAUGUCUGGAGGAAAAAAUAUAUGCGUUGGAUGAAUCACAAAAAGUCUCGGGUAAUGGAUUUCUUCCGCCGAAUUGACAAGGACCAGGACGGGAAGAUAACACGUCAAGAGUUUAUCGAUGGCAUUUUAGCAUCCAAGUUCCCCACCACCAAGUUAGAGAUGACUGCUGUGGCUGACAUUUUUGACCGAGAUGGAGAUGGCUACAUUGAUUACUAUGAAUUUGUGGCUGCUCUGCAUCCCAACAAGGAUGCUUAUCGACCAACAACCGAUGCAGAUAAAAUUGAAGAUGAGGUCACGAGACAAGUGGCUCAGUGCAAAUGUGCGAAAAGGUUUCAAGUGGAGCAGAUUGGAGAGAAUAAAUACCGGUUCUUCCUCGGCAAUCAGUUUGGGGAUUCUCAGCAGUUGCGGCUGGUCCGUAUUCUGCGCAGCACAGUGAUGGUUCGCGUUGGUGGAGGAUGGAUGGCCUUGGAUGAGUUUUUAGUGAAAAAUGAUCCCUGCCGAGUUCACCAUCCUGGGAGUAAAAUAAAGCGCUCUGAUUCCAGCUCUUCGAUUUCCAGUCAGUCUCCCAUAGCACGAGGCAGAACCAACAUUGAACUUAGAGAGAAAUUCAUCCUACCAGAGGGGGCGUCCCAGGGAAUGACCCCUUUCAGAUCACGAGGCCGAAGGUCCAAACCAUCUUCCCGGGCAGCUUCCCCUACUCGCUCCAGCUCCAGUGCUAGUCAGAGUAACCACAGCUGCACAUCCAUGCCGUCUUCUCCGGCCACCCCAGCCAGUGGUACCAAGACUCCACUUCAGUUCUCACGCUGUUAUGACAAACCCUGGUUGGUAAACAGUAAAGCUGGCACCCCUUUGAGGGACAGCCAUUCUCCUGACCUCCAGCUGCCCAGCCCCGAGGUUAUCCCAUCAACAGGCAGCAAGUUGAAACGACCAACACCAACUUUUCAUUCUAGUCGAACAUCCCUUGCUGGUGAUACCAGCAAUAGUUCUUCCCCGGCCUCCACAGGUGCCAAAACUAAUCGAGCAGACCCUAAAAAGUCAGCCAGUCGCCCCGGGAGUCGGGCUGGGAGUCGAGCUGGGAGUCGAGCCAGCAGCCGGCGAGGAAGUGACGCCUCUGACUUUGACCUUCUAGAGACGCAGUCUGCUUGUUCAGACACUUCAGAAAGCAGCGCUGCUGGGGGCCAGGGCAACUCCCGGAGAGGGUUAAACAAACCUUCCAAAAUCCCGACCAUGUCUAAGAAGACCACCACUGCCUCCCCCAGGACUCUAGGUCCCAAGCGAUAACACUGUACAAGCACCCCCAAGCCACUAUCCACUUUGAAUCCUGCUCCAUACAUUGGGUGUAUAUUUAUUCUGAACAGGAGAAGUUAUAUUGUUAAAAGUGUAAAAGAAUAAUUGUGUUAUGAAGCUGCCUUAUUUUUUUCUUUUUGUAAGUUACAAUUUUCAUGUGAAUAUUUAUGUAGAUAAAAUUUGCCUCCUGGUAACCCUGUAAUGGAUGGGGCCCAGAAAUGAAAUAUUUGAGAAAAACAAGUGAAAAGGUCAAGCAAAUGUGUAUUAAAAAAAAAAAAAAAGAAAAGCCUAUAAAUAGGGUUUCUGCGCGGUGCAGGGUUGUAAACCUGCUUUAUCUUUUAGGAUUAUUCCUAAAUGCAUCUUCUUUAUAAGCUUGACUUGCUGUCUCAGCAAGAUAAAUUAUAUUAAAAAAAAUAAGAAUCCUGCAGUGUUUAAGGAACUCUUUUUUGUAAAUCACUGACACCUCAAUUAGUAAGAACUGAGGGGGAGGAGGGCACUUAUAAUUGCUUUUUCCAAUGUUUUAAUGUUGUGAUUUUAGCUGAAGAGAGGGAACCUCAUCUAAGUAACAUUUGCACACGAUACAGCAAAAGGAGUUCAUUGCAAUACUGUCUUUGGAUCUUGUUUCAGUACUGGGUGUUUAAAGGACAAAUAGCUGCUAGAAUUCAGGGGUAAAUGUAACUGUUCAGAAAAUGUCAGCACAUUAGGAUUUUGAACUGAUUUGUGACUUCCUAUCCAGCCUAGCCACCAAUAACUCUUGUGUUCACUGGGACCCAGACCCUUGGCAAGGGGGCCUCCUGGGUGGCAUUGUGAAUUAUAGAUUUGUUUAUCUACAUUUUUGCUAUUUAUUUAAAUGGUCGAUCAACUUCCCACAAACUGAGGAAUGAAUUCCACAAGCCUGUUCUGGAAAUGUGGACAUGAGACAAAAGCACUUGCUCGUCCUUUAACGGAGUUCACCAGCACACUUGUUAACCAGUCCCGUUUGCUUUCGUCUUUUUUUGUGCGUAAUAAAGUCAACUGACCAAGUGACCAUGAAGAGGGGCUGUCUGGGGCUCCUGUUUUUUAGCUGCUGUUCCUCUUCAGCUCCGACCAUGUUGCUGUGUGAUUAUCUCAAUUGGUUUUAAUUGAGGCAGAAACUGAAGCUCUACCAAUGAACUGUUUAAAAACAAGACACACUUUUGUAUUAAAAUUGCUUGCAGUAACAAA